AUGCGGACCAACACUUUCGUUUCAGCCGUUGUGGCUUCAUUGGCGAUCCCCAUUUCCCUUGCCCUGCCCACGAUUCAAGAAAACUCUCUCUUCGCCAUCGGAGACUCAGUCAAGACGAGUCAUCCGGAAGCCUACAAUGCCUUCAUGACCGCACCGUUGAUCACAUUCGAUGGCACCGUCAGCAGGCGCCAGGAAGUCCCUCAUGAUUCGACACCUGACCCUAAUCGUCCCGUUGUCACUCCUCCGUACAUUUUUGUCCUCCAAUGCGAUAUUGCUGCUUUCCGCGGCAACUGUUUGUCAUUUGGUGCAGCACCGGGGAAGUGCGGUAAGCAAUUAUUUGACAGUAUCAUUGGGUCUAUCGAGAACUGCGCUGACAAGGAUGGAAACAAAGUCAACUACAGCAGCUUCGAUAGCAGUCAGGCAUUCCUCGACGAGUAUGAGAACAAGACUUCUUCAUUGAGCACAAACACCGGAGGGAACUGCCAGUUCUACAAGUUCGUCGACUGUGAUAACAAGGGUGAUGACCGUGGCGUCACCCUGUCCUACAACUACAACCUCGCCGAGGUCACCGAUGAUUACGGUGGUGACUAUGAUAACCAGAUCAGCUCUUGGAGAUGUUGA